UAACUCUUGAUGAUUGACCUCUCCAUCUGCUCUUUGUUUUGAGAAAGUGCGCCCUCACAAGGUCACACCCACAAAAGGAAACAAAAGUAGCGAAAAAUGGCUGCUGCAGUAAUGCUACGAAAAAGGUUAGCUCAACAGGAGUUUGAUCCAAAUAAAUUUGUGCAAGAGAUAUCAUCUGGAGGCGACACAUACCAUGACUUGCUGGAACACAGGUUAAAGGUCAAGAACCUAAGUGAUGAAACCAACCUCGCCCUCAAGAAAAAUGUUUACAAAAAUUAUGCUCAGUUCAUUGAAACUGCUAAGGAAAUAUCGUACUUGGAAAGCGAGAUGUACCAGUUAAGUCAUAUACUAACUGAGCAAAAAGGCAUUAUGGAUGAAAUGCUGGAGAUGUCAUUUUCUGCCCAAGAUGAGGUCGUUGACACAAAGGAUACUACCACUAAAGAGGAGCCAAAGAAGUCAAUUGCUUCACUGCUUGAUAAAGUUGAAGGUUGUUCUCGAGUGACAGAGGUACCAGGCCGAUAUAUAAUAUAUGACACUGACCUGACAGAACUCGAACCAGACUCCUUCCAAGAAAUUCACAAAGUUCAUGUGUUUCUACUGAAUGAUAGCCUGCUUGUGACAACUUUUCAACCCAACAGACGUGGUCCGGUACGUUUCAAAUUCCAGACCCUGUAUGAAUUGGACAGCCUAGCUGUGGUUAACGUCAGGGAUGUAGGACCUGUUAAGCAUGCAUUCAGGAUACUCAUGUUUCCAGAUCAGAGAAUGUUUCAGGCAAAUGGACCAAAAACAAAGAAAGAAUGGUUAACCUCCCUGGAAAAUGCAAAGAAAGCUAAAGCAGCUGCAGAUACUAGGAAACGAGAACUUGUCCACCAAUCAAGUCGGGUUAGUAUGGUUGUCAAGGAGACAACCCCAACAGAUGACCCAGAAGAUCCUGAUGACUUAGAUAGCAACAAUCCUUUUUUUCAGGAGGAUGAUGGUGAUUUAAUGGAGAGUAGUAUGCUGAAAGUUGAUUGGUUAAUGGAACUCCCAGAAGAUCUUGAUAUGUGCAUUGCUCAGAGGAACUUUGAGGAUGCUGUCGACCUGAUUAUCAAAACAAAUGACUACUUAAAGGAAGUCCCAGCAUGCCCAGCACUUAAGGAUAUGAGGGCACGAGUUGAUCACAGGAUUGAACUCUUGACAGAUGUUUUGAUACGCGAGCUGUCAGUGUCCCCUGACCGGUCAUUACGUGGUGGUCCUCAGGUAACUAGGAGGCCUGUACGUGAAUUGAUUCGACUUGGAAGAGCAAUAAAGGCUUGUGAUCUGUUCCUCAAGAAUCGCAGUGAAGCCAUCAAGCAGUCCAUUAGGCAACUGAGGAUAGAGGGCGCUACAACUGUUUAUAUCACUAAACUUUGCAAUGUGUUUUUUACUCAUAUGUUUGAGACAGGGAAAGAGUUUAGGAAAGCAUUUUCUAAUCAUCCUGGCUGCUUUUCAGCUUUUGUUGUUUGGGCAAAUGCGGAGUUAAAAGGCUAUGUCAACCACUUCUCAAGACAAGCUCUAGCAAAGCAAACUAACUUAUCAGUCGUUGCAGAGUGUGUAAUUAUUGCUAGGACCUACUGCUCAAAGUUGUCUGCUAUUGGGCUUGACCUGUUGUUUGCCUUGAAUGGUCUGCUGGUGAAGGGAAUCAGAGAUGCUUUAUAUUACAACAAAGACCAACUCAUAGAAGCUGCCAGACACCGGAACAUUGAGGAGAAAUGGUACCAGAUGAAUCUUCGCAACCCGUCGUCUGCUAAUGCUCUUGUGCAGGAGAUGGUACAAUGUGGGAUACCCAUGUUUCCUAAGUUUGUAACCGGAGGUUGUUUCAUUGACCUUUCACCUAGCAUGGUGGCUUUUAGUAAACUCCUCCUUGCAUUUGUCAAUGAUGUCCUCAAACUCUAUACUCCUGAGAUUUAUCCAGACCUGAUUGAUAUAGUGAAAGAUGUGUUCACCAACCACAUGCAAUUGCUUGAAGGCGCCGUAACAAAUGAGAAGUUUGUACAGGAACGUCAGUUCAUCAUAAAAAAUGCAGACUACUUGUUUUCAACUCUUCUUGAAACACUUGGCGGAAAAAUCAAAGAAAAGGUCGGAAGAAGUCCUCGAGAACUUGAAGUUUUGAAAGAAGACAGAAGAAGAAUCAGCAAACGAGCUGAACAAGUUGGGGUACUCAUUUAAUGAGUUAUAUUAAUGAAUAUUAUUAUUAAUAUAUUAUAUUAAUUAUUAUUUUUAUAUAAUUAUUAUUUUAUUAUUACUUCUUUUUUUAAGAAAUUUAUGAAUGGCGUUCUGCAGAAAGAGAUGCGAUUGGUUGAUUUUUUUUUAUUUUCAAGUGUAGAGGUCAGGGGUAUGACCAAAUAUGGCUAUUCAUACAUAAACAUGGCAUGCCAAAAAGAAACCUGUUAUUUGAUAAAAGCCAACUCGUUGCCAUGCAUGAGGUGUUUGACAUUUAUUUAUCUGUAGCUAUAGCUACAGAACAUCCAUUGAUCUCUACAUAAAAGCUGGAUUGCUCAUUAGCUGGUUUUAGUAAAGCCACCAACUUGGGAAGCCCAAAGUGUCAAAAAUGCAUCAUCACAGUGCAAAACUUUGAACUGCCGUGAAAGUCACCAACACCACAACAUUGCUUGCACUUUUGUAAAAUGUACAAACAGGCAUGUAUAGUGAUUAGAGGAUGUGAAAAGAUCAUUUUGUAAAAUUUAAAUUUAUUAUUAAUAAGAAUUUCAAGAAUCAAUAUUUUUAAUAAUAAUGUAAUUAAAUGCAAACAAAAACUUGUCUAGACUGGUGCGUCAUUUGCGCUCUUGCAUAUGGUGUUGGUGGCUAUAGUUUUUCCUGUACAGUGAAUGGCAAUCUGCGAGUAUAUCUAACAGAUAAAUAUGACUUAAUAACCUAUUCACUGCUAGCCUCAUGAUGCCAGCAUCUAACUAGCUUAUCCAGGCAAAAGUAAAAAAGAGCAGAAAGAAGCAAAACAAAACACAUACAAUUAAGUAGCAAAGAAUAUAUGAGAUUUUAUGUUCUUAUUUAAGGGAAUUUUUAGCAGAAAAAAAUUUAUGAAUUGGGAGAAACUCUUUGCUUUCAGGCAAAUCUUUUUUAGCUGACUGAAUUAAAAAUGUAACUGUCUAGGAAAAUAACUUAGU